CACUCUCGCAGAGUGAAGUGCAGCACAACGCGAUCACCAUCUGCCAUGACGACGAUACACGACUCACCUCCUACUCCUCAAUCAAGGUGCAUGUCGCAUCGCUGAUUCUCGUACUGCAAGGAUAGGAGGCUUUCGUCCAAUGAGGUACGACAUCGCUCGGCAGCCUGCAGCAUUGCAGAUGACGGACCAGGCUGAAGUUCAGCCUCCUUUCGUGGAUAUCCCAGGUCUUGCCAACUUUCGCGACAUUGGAGGGUGGCCCAUUGAAGGCAACAAUGGCAGAGUUAUAGGAAGAGUCCGCAAUGGCGUCUUCUAUCGUGGACCAGAUACAGCGACAAUUACUGACGAAGGAAUGGCGAAGCUGAGAUCUCUCAACAUCACGACCGACUUCGACCUACGUUCGAAGGGGCAGAUAGAGAAGGCUGGAGGAUUCACACAGCUUGAUGGAAUUGAGAGAAUAAGCUGUCCAGCCUUUCCAGAUGGAGAGUACUCGCCAGAGAAAGCUGCUGCGAGGUACGUGCAAUAUGCCAGUGAUGGAACAGCGGGUAUCGUCCAAGCCUUCACAGACGUCCUCUCUCAUGGAGCACCAGCCUGCCGAACCAUGCUGUUACACAUAGCCUCUCUGUCACCAACUUCUCCCACCGCCUGCUUCAUACAUUGCACGACGGGAAAUAAUAGAUCUGGAGUCUUCAUUGGUGUUAUUCUCAGGCUGUUGGGUGUGUCACCAGAGAAUAUCGCAAAAGAAUACGCUCUGUCAGACAUCGGCUUGAGGCCCACAAGAGAUGCCGUGGUCACUCGACUGAUGAAAAGUCCUGUCUUUGCCAGUGCAGGUGGAGGUGGCAGAGCUCGUGCGGAACGGAUGGUGGGCGCGAGACCAGAGAGUAUGCUGGCGAUGCUUGAGAUGGUUGAUAGGAAGUGGGGAGGUGCUGAAGGUUACAUCAAAGGGGUGUGUGGCUUGACAGACGAGGAGAUCAAGAAGGUGAAGGCAGUGUUGACCGAGUCUGAAGUUAGUAGGAGACGGUCAUCGAGUGUAUGGAAUGUGUCGAAAGAGUAUCUCACCAAACUCUGGGAGAGUUUCGGUUGAAGAAUUUCUAUGACAAUGAUUGCAUGGGUAGCUGAAGAUUUUCUUUCCGGAUCCCUUCCGCCCCUAAGUGGCGGGCACUCGCGUCCCUAAAAAUAGCCGCCUAAG